UCAAACAAACUCCAAGAAAAUACAAAUAAAAAAUAGAAAAUGAAAUAAGUUUUGACUCUGUCUCUUUGCCAAAGGAGUUUCCUUCUCCUUUCUUCCUCUGAAUUUCAAAACGCAAUCUUCUUCACCUUUUUCCUCUCCUUUCUCAUUUCAAAUUGACCUUGUUUCUUCGCCCAGAUCCCAAUUUCAAACCUCAAAAUCUCAAACCAAUCCAUCACCGAUCCAAUGUCACCUUGAAUCGCGUGCCCUCAUCCUCGUUGCUUUCGAAGAGAAAGAGGGGCUGCCAUGGGUUCCAAGAUGGAAGGAACGUCUUCCCCUGUAAUCCGACGUGACCCAUAUGAGGUUUUGUCUGUCUCAAGGGACUCAACAGAUCAGGAAAUCAAAACCGCUUACAGAAAGCUUGCUCUCAAGUAUCAUCCUGACAAGAAUGUGAACAAUCCUGAAGCUUCAGAGCUUUUUAAAGAGGUUGCAUAUUCUUAUAGUAUCUUGUCUGACCCAGAGAAGAGGAGGCAGUAUGACAGUGCAGGAUUUGAGGCACUUGAUGCUGAUGGCAUGGACAUGGAAAUUGAUUUAUCGAAUCUCGGGACUGUGAACACUAUGUUUGCAGCUUUAUUCAGCAAGCUGGGUGUCCCUAUCAAGACUACCAUUUCAGCUAAUGUUCUUGAAGAAGCUCUAAAUGGCACAGUUACAGUCAGACCCCUUCCAAUUGGGACAUCCGUCAGUGGAAAGGUAGAGAAGCAAUGUGCUCAUUUUUUUGGUGUGACAAUUAAUGAGCAGCAAGCUGAGUCAGGGAUUGUAGUAAGAGUUACUUCAACUGCACAAAGCAAAUUCAAGUUGCUCUACUUUGAACAAGAUGCAAACGGUGGCUAUGGUCUGGCAUUGCAGGAAGAUAGUGAAAAGACUGGCAAGGCGACAUCUGCAGGAAUGUAUUUCUUACAUUUUCAAGUUUACAGAAUGGAUUCAACUGUGAAUGCGUUAGCAAUGGCCAAAGAUCCUGAAGGGGCAUUCUUUAAAAGGUUGGAAGGUCUUCAACCUUGUGAAGUCUCGGAACUCAAGCCUGGCACUCAUAUAUUUGCUGUUUAUGGGGAUAACUUCUUUAAGACUGCUAGCUAUACAAUCGAGGCUGUGUGUGCGAAAUCCUAUGAAGAUACCACACAAAAACUUCAGGACAUUGAGGCUCAAAUUUUAAGAAAGAGGAAUGAGCUACGCCAAUUUGAAUCAGAAUAUAGAAAGGCAUUAGCACGGUAUCAGGAAGUGACAGACAGAUACACAAAAGAGAAACAGGCUGUAGAUGAGCUUCUGAAACAAAGGGACGGUAUCCAUUCUUCCUUCACCAUUGUCAAGCCAACCAAUAUCAGUGGAAGUGGUAGUAAUUUAAGCAAUGGAAGUUCUAGCAAAAUUUCUGGUGAAGAUUCCAAAGGUGAGAGCCCUGGGGAAGAAGGAGGGUCAGAUGGCAAGGAUAAAUCAGGCAAAAAGAAAUGGUUUAACCUGAACCUCAAGAGUUCUGAUAAAAGGUUGAUUUAAAAUGCACUUGAUUUUGCUUGUCUCUUUCAUCAAUCUUCUUGAGUAUCAGUCAUGGCAUCAAUCAAACUCUUAUAGCAAGUUGUGAACUGGUUGGUUAAGCUGUUAGUUGGUAUUGUGGUGCAUUCAAAGGCAUAUGAUAUUUGUCUCUUACUGUUUCCAAUAUUUUUGGCGUCCAAUGAGACUCACACCAUCCAAUUCCCUUGUAGCAUCCUGAACAUAUUUUUUUGAUUUUUUAUUAUAUUGUAAUGAUAUAAAUUCAUUUUUGUAACAGUUAUUUUCUUCA